UUUAAGGUUGCCGUCAUGCACGCAGCCUGUUGUGUGGCUUCAACAAGAAGCCGUAAGCCUGCGAGGGCUUGUACUCCUGCGAAAACGCAAUACGUUUCGCUAAAGGAGGAGCUCCGUUGCUGCUACCAUUUAAAUGUACACGCAUGCGCACUGCAACUCAAUUGGGACUUAACGUCUUACACAAACCAGUCCUUUCUUUAUUCUGCUCUCUUCUGCUCGCCGGUGUGCGCUUACCUCUCACGUUUGUCAUCCCCCUCCCCCCUUCUUGUCAAUCACCGUUUAGGAAAUGAGUGGGGACCAUUCCCACAACGAGGACCAGGUAACGCUGGCAUCAAUGUUGAGCGGAUUGACUGUGGCUCUCGGGUCAACGACUCCCACAGGCAUAAAUAUAAAGAACACAAACACAAAGACCACAAGAAGGAUAAGGAACGGGACAAACUCAAGCAUGGAAAUGGUGACCACUUGUCUGACAAAAAACAUCGAGACAAAGAUAAGGACAAGUUGAAGCACAAAGAUGGCAGCACAGACAAAUUUAAGGACAAGCACAAGGAGAAGAAGAUGAAAGUCCUUGAUGGUAAAAUCAAAAAAGAAAAAGAGAAUGGGUUUGCCAGCCCACCACAUGUGAAGUGUGAGCCCAACGAUGACCUGUAUCACUCUCCUAAACAUGACAAGUCUCUUAAGAGGGAGCGAGAUGACGAUGAAGAUUAUGAUUUUAAACCCAAAAAAGUAAAGACUGAAAAUGACAAGAAGGACAAGAAAAGGAAACAAAUUGAGGAUGUAAAGCCUAAAAAGACAAAAGAUAAAAAAGGAGACACUGCUGAUGGAAAAAAGAAGGCAAAAAAGGAACCAGAAGAGAAGUGGAAAUGGUGGGAAGAAGAGCGAUACACAGAUGGUGUUAAGUGGAAGUUUCUGGAACACAAAGGACCUGUUUUUGCCCCACCAUAUGAGCCCCUCCCGAGCAAAGUCAAUUUUUACUAUGAUGGUAAGCCAAUGAAGCUCAGUCCAGAGGCAGAAGAGGUAGCCACAUUCUUUGCUAAAAUGCUGGACCAUGAGUACACCACAAAGGACAUCUUUCUUAAAAACUUUUUUAAAGAUUGGCGGAAAGAAAUGACCACAGAGGAAAAGGCUAAGAUUACAGACUUGAAGAAGUGCAACUUUUCUGAGAUGUCUGAAUACUUCAAGGCUCAGUCUGAGGCAAGAAAGGCAAUGUCCAAGGAAGAGAAAUUGAAAAUAAAGGCAGAGAAUGAGCGCCUCUUACAGGAGUACGGCUUCUGCAUCAUGGACAACCACAGGGAACGUAUUGCUAACUUCCGCAUUGAGCCCCCUGGCCUUUUCCGUGGUCGUGGAGACCAUCCUAAAAUGGGCAUGCUGAAACGUCGGAUCAGACCUAAAGACAUUAUCAUCAACUGCAGCAAGGACUCCAAGCCCCCACAGCCUCCUCCGGGAACAAAAUGGAAAGAGGUUCGUCACGAUAACAAAGUGACAUGGCUGGUGUCGUGGACUGAGAACAUCCAAGGUUCUAUCAAGUACAUCAUGUUGAACCCGAGCUCAAGGAUCAAGGGAGAGAAGGACUGGCAAAAGUAUGAAACAGCUCGUAGACUAAAGAAAUGCGUGGACCGCAUCAGGACCCAGUAUCGCGAUGACUGGAAGUCCAAGGAGAUGAGGAUCCGACAGAGGGCUGUAGCGCUUUACUUCAUUGACAAGUUGGCACUAAGAGCAGGUAAUGAGAAAGAGGAAGGAGAGACCGCCGACACGGUGGGCUGUUGCUCCCUUAGGGUGGAACAUCUCAAACUCUACCCAGAGAACGACGGUCAAGAGUAUGUUGUGGAGUUUGACUUUCUGGGUAAAGAUUCCAUCCGAUAUUACAACAAAGUCCCUGUGGAAAAAAGGGUUUUUAAAAAUCUACAGUUGUUUAUGGAGAACAAAGAGCCAGAUGACGACCUGUUUGAUCGCCUGAACACUUCAAUUCUCAACAAGCACCUUCAGGAGCUGAUGGAUGGUCUAACAGCCAAAGUUUUCCGUACAUAUAAUGCAUCGAUCACCUUGCAACAGCAGCUCAAAGAGCUCACAAAUGCGGAUGAGAAUGUUCCAGCCAAGAUCCUAUCCUACAACAGGGCCAACAGAGCUGUGGCCAUCCUGUGUAACCACCAGAGGGCUCCACCUAAGACGUUUGAGAAGUCCAUGCAGAACCUGCAGACUAAGAUUGAAGCUAAAAGGGACCAGCUGUCUGAUGCUAAAAGAGAGCUGAAGAGUGCCAAGGCUGAUGCCAAAGUACGGAGGGAUGAAAAAUCUAAGAAGGCUGUCGAGACGAAAAAGAAGGCCGUCCAGAGGAUAGAAGAGCAGCUGAUGAAGCUGGAAGUGCAGGCGACCGAUCGUGAGGAGAACAAACAAAUUGCGCUCGGCACUUCAAAGCUCAACUAUCUCGACCCUCGCAUCUCUGUGGCUUGGUGUAAGAAGUGGGGUGUUCCUGUUGAGAAGAUCUACAACAAAACCCAGCGUGAGAAGUUUGCCUGGGCCAUUGACAUGGCAGACGAUGACUUUGAAUUUUAAAUUGCAGGUUAUGGUUUUAACUCUACUUUUUAAUCGGAUACUUCUUUUUACUAUACAGAAUUUUUCUUGAUGGACUGACCCGAUAAGGUUUUGGCAGGAAAAAAAGAUGAGGCCACAAUUGAGUGGUAGUUUAAACAUCUGAUCUGCGAUCAGGCAUCCAGCUGAACUGAGCAUCAAGGCAUAGUGCCAGUAGUCGGACUGCCCCCCUCACCCCCUCACCUUUUUCUCCCUGUGACGAUGCCUGAACUUUGAACUCUGUGGUCCUAUUGCUUGUGUAUGAAGCAAAAAAACAAGAAAAUGCUUUUUAUCCAUAUAUCUUCAUUCACUGUUUGUUUUAGCCCCUUCAUGUAUCAUGAAUGAAUCUAUAUUUUGAUAAAGUCAAAUCAAACAAAUUCCUUAAUACCACCCACAGGCCUUUUGAGGACAAUGACAAAUGUGUGCUUGUGUGUGUGUGUGUGUGUGUGUGUGUGUGUGUGUGUGUGUGUGCGCGCGCGCGCGCGCGUGCGUACGUGCGUGCGUAUGUACUGUGUGUAUUAGGGGGCCCGACCUUAAAAGCUGUCUUGUUUAGGGUGAUUAUUUUAAACUGGACUAUUUAAAAUGGUGUUUUGCAUACAGAUGUCUGGGAAGUGGGCAAGCUUUUGGGGGUUGGAGUAACACUGCAACCAUGUCAACAUUUACUUAAGCAAGCAGAAUGUGAAUAUAUGUUUUACAGCCUUUCAAUCAGGGACUUUUUUUUUUUUCAGUGUAAAUGUGAACCAAUCAUUUUGAUCCUGUCACUUGCGAGCCCCCAUCCCCUAAAGCUGCUACUCAGCCCCUAAAGUCUACAUCUGAGUUGAACUUAAUUUGUUCCUAGGAAAAGAAAGAAUCUCCCCUGUUACUUGAAUUCAUUGUAUUUAAGUCUUUAAAAGGAAAGUGUUUCUCAUUGGAGAAGUGUAUGUGUGUGUGCGUGAGGGAUGUCAACUUUGCCAAAAAAUAAUCACCAAUCUGUUACAAUUUUAGGUAGAUAAUUGUGUAAAGAAUGAGGUUAAAGCAAUGUAACAUUUUAAUGUGAAUUCAUUUUAUUCCACUCUUAUGAUAGGAAAGUUGAUGUAAGUAGUUGUAAAGUCAACAUCCUAUUCCCGUUUUACCUUUUGUCCUAGCAUUUGAUCAUGUUAAGUUGUAUGCUCAUUGUAGGUUAAGAAUAUAAAUAAAAACCCUACACACGAAAAA